GUUUUUUCAAACCUUCCCACGGCAACAUACUUCGAGAGAGAUCGGUUCCAGAACCUGCUACCAUUACCACUGGGAGAAAAAAAACAGGUCUCCAGGCGAUUGACUCCCAUUUUUCAGUGGUCGACGGUGAGAUGUCGGCGUAUGAGAACGUGGUCGGUGGGAGGCUGAGGCUGAAGGGGAAGCCACUGGAUGUGAAAACAGGUGGCAUUUCUAAGAAGAAAAAGAAGCAGCAUCAUUAUCAUGAUCAACGCCAACCAGGUGGAAAUAACUCAUCAUCAACAGAGCAUGGUGAGGAAACAAAUGAGACAGACAAAGAUGAUGAAAAUGGUGAGGCUGCCAAGUAUGAUGACUAUCUUACACCAGCUGAGAGGCGGUAUCUUCAGCAGUGGGAGAACAUUGAUCUCCAAAGGAUUAGUAAGGUGGCUAGUAAAUCACACCGUGAUCGGAUUCAGGAAUUCAACCAAUAUCUGGCUAACCUAAGUGAGCAUUAUGACAUUCCUAAAGUGGGGCCUGGUUAGUUUAUUUCUUUGACUGGCAAGUCAAAUUGAAUUUUGAUUGCAAUUGUAUUAUGGAAUUGCAAACUUAUUUCCUCUUCGGUUGAAAUGGUGUGAUUUCUAUUCUGAAAAUUAGGUCCUAGUAGAUGACUGUUUAAGAACUCGCAUCUUUUAAUAAUCUCAAAUGGUUGGACUUAAAAGUUUGUAUUGAAGUACCUUCCUUGAUAUUUAUUUGGCAAGUCAUAUUGUAAAUAAAGAUGAAACUUUUUCUGGAGUA